AUGAAAGUAUAGACGAGGUUUCAGAGGGACGACAGAACAACAGACUCUUCACUGCAGAGCCGCUGGCCAGCUGGGUGAGGAUGAAGAUGAAGAGCAAGCUGCUUUAUGCUCCCAUGGCGAUGGUAGUGAUGUCAGCAUUGGUCGGACUCACAUCUCCAACAACAACAACUAGGCCUGCUGCUACCAGGCCAACAUGGACCACCACAACAGGAGCUUCUGGACUAGAUUUAAAUGGGAAGAUGUUCACUUUGUCUCGUAAUAGAGCAGGAAUAUCCUUCUAUUCACCCUAUUUUUCUCCUACCACGCCCCCCUACCCAAGCCGUAGAUACCCCACCCGUUCCUACACCCCCCGAACCACCACCCCCCGUCCCUGGACCACCACCCCCCGAACCACCACCCAACGUCCCUGGACCACCACCCCCCGAACCACCACCCGACGUCCCUGGACCACCACCCCCCGUCCCAGAACCACCACCCCCCGUCCCUGGACCACAGCACCUCCUACUAGAGGUGUGUCCGUGUGUCUGCGUUACCUGCCUGAUUACCGAGCAGACAUCUACACAAUCUUCACACUCAGUCCAUCCAGCAGAAGCCCUCUGCAAAUGGGAGUCAGUCCUUCAGGGUCGUACAGACUAUCCUUUUACGGUUAUUCCAACCUGUACUUGCAACCUUACAAAAGGUUCUCGUCAAACAUCUUCCCGGAAAUCUGGACCAGAGUCUGUCUCACUGUGGACACCAUGAAGAAUGUGGCCCAGGUGUUUAGCGACUGGAGCAUGAGCAUCAGGAAGAUGCUGCCUACUAAUUAUGUCUGGUCAGGUGAGCCUGUGAUUGAUUUUUCAGGUUUUGAUGGUCAGGUGACAGAUGUCCAGAUAUGGGAUUAUCCUCUCCACUACAGAGAAGUCGUCAACUACAUGACCAGCGGUGCCUAUUGGUCGUACUCUGGCUCCGCCCUCUCCUGGUCCUACAUCAGCUACUCUCCCAGAGGAAACGUACUGUUGGAGGACGUCUAUGAACGGCAGUGGCAGGACCGACAGCCAAUCAACCGCAGCAAGGAGAGGAAAGGGCGUCGGCCAAAGGGAGAGAAGAAGACCAGGGAGUUUUUCCAUUUUAACGAGGGAAAGAGAGAACAGCCUUAGUGAAACGCACAACGCCAGGCGACAAAAGCAGUAGACUCCAUUUUUCACUUAAUAAUAAUAAUAAUAAUAAUAAAGAAUUGAUCAAUCAAGCAACAAUUAAUGAUAAAUGACAUUUAAACUACUACUGAUUACUGAUUUGAUGAAAGCGUGAUUAUGUAUAUUAUGACAGAGCAUUAGGGCCACAUCAAAGGAGAAAAAAAAUUAAGAUUGUUUAUUAAUUUUGCAUUUCGAGAAUAAAGUCGAAAUGUCGAGAAUAAAAUUGAUAUUUCACGAACCAAGUCAGACUUUUGAGAAUAAACCAAACUACUAGCUUUAACUAUAAUAGUCUUCUACAAAAUGCAUUGUGAAGGCCUAUGUGAACUGGUGAAAUUAUACUACAGAAUCGCUUUUAAUAACAAGGAAAUUAUUUCUCUUCUAGCACAUAAACACACAUAAUGGUGAGAAGUAUUAGGACUUUGGAGAGAUUGUGGCAAAAAUUGCAUCUGUUCAGAAGGAGAAACCACACAAACUUGGAAGAGGUGGCCGCAUUCCUGCAAACUGAAAUAGCUUGUAAUGGACAGAUGCAAUAAGGGUAUCGAUGGUUACACCUACGCGCAAUACAGAGAGGAUAUGUUGUAGCCUAUCACAAUAGAGAGAGGAUAUGUUGUAGCCUAUCACAAUAGAGAGAGGAUAUGUUGUAUCACAAGACACAAUAAGACAAUUGAUCAAAUUGUUUGAUCCUAAAAGAGUGGAGCUCAGAUGAGCGCAGCACUCCGAGGAUCUAACCCAGAGCCUAUCUAUGAUGCUGCCUACAUGGCAGCUGGCAUGGCGGACAGUCGCUCUAAUGUGAUUAAGUGAUAAAGGAGUUGAAUUUAUUCUCGUCAUUUCAACUUUAAUCUCGACAUUUCGACAUAAUUAAUAAUAAUAAUAAUAAUAAUUUAUACUUUAUUGAUCCCUUAAUUAUUACACACAUUACACACAGGCCUGAAUUACACACACAUGCUCAG